AUGAAGUUCUCCGGUAUUGCCUCUUCCGUCGCCGUCCUGGCCGCCGUCGCCAGCGCGACCCCCACCCCCGCCUCGUGGACCCCCAAGUCCCUCCUGGCCACCCGCACCAUCGAGAAGCGUGCCUCGGUCGAAGACGCCUGUGACAUUGGUUUCUGCACCGAGGGCACCGGCACUACCGGUGGUGCCGGCGGUCCCACCACGACCGUCACCUCGCUCGCCGACUACCAGGCCGCGCUCGAGGCCGAGGGUGCCGCCAUUGUCGUUGUUAACGGCGCCAUCUCUGGCAGCGCCCGCAUUCGCCUCGCCUCUGACAAGACCGUCAUUGGUCUUCCCGGCUCGUCCAUCACUGGCAUCGGCCACUACAUUAACAAGCAGUCCAACGUGAUCCUGAGGAACCUCAAGAUCUCCAAGGUCGUCGCCGCCAAUGGUGACGCCAUUGGCAUCCAGGAGUCCACCAACGUCUGGGUCGACCACUGCGACCUCUCGUCCGACCUCAGCCACGGCAAGGACUUCUACGACGGCCUGCUCGACAUCACUCGUGCCUCGGACUUCAUCACCGUGUCCAACACGUACCUGCACGACCACCACAAGGCCUCGCUCAUCGGCCACAGCGACAACAACGCUGCCCAGGACACUGGCAAGUUCCACGUUUCCUACAUUAACAACCACUGGGAGAACACGGGCUCGCGCAACCCCUCGGUUCGCUUCGGCACCGCCGUCCACAUCGUGAACAACCUCUACGACAACGUCGGCCUCACCGGUGUCAACGCCCGCAUGGGCGCCCAGGUCCUCGUCGAGUCGACCUCGUUCGUCAACUCGGCCAACCCCAUCGUCUCGCGCGACUCGAAGAAGACGGGCUUCGUCGUCGUCAAGGACGUCAUUGGCGCCGCCGACAACGCCGUCCCCAAGGGCACACUGACCUCGGUCCCCUACGCCUACACCGCCCUCGGCUCCGCCAACGUCGGCUCCGUCGCCCAGACCGCCGGCCAGAAGCUCACCUUUGACGGCUCCUCUGCUCCCGCUCCCGCUCCCGCUCCCGCCACCAAGCCCUCUGCCCCCGUCGCUGACGACGAGGAGGUCGAGGAGGUGUGCACCCGCCGCCGCGUCAAGAAGAGCCUCCGCCGCAAGGCUCUCCGCGCCUAA